GGUCGCCUGGGCUAAUCAAUAGGAAACGCAUCAAAUAUACCAGAACAAACGAGCAUGGGCCGAUGCCCCCAGUUGCAAGACAUCGUUUUCUUAUUUAAUAUUCAUGAGCUUCUGCGGCUGCGGAUGGAACUGUGCUUCGUCAGUCUAUAGCUCGCGCGAUUGGCUCGCGGCUUGGAUUUGUGCCAUUGUUCGCUUAAAACAGCUGCUGCUUGACACAGCUGCUACUAAUAAAUCAUAAUGUCGUCCUUGUGGAAGCCUUUCUCUGUGUCAGAGGGGCCGUGCAGUAGCUUGGAGCCCAGGCGAGGAUGCUCCGAUCCGGCGCGUUUCCGCACGCAGAACCCGAACAAGCGCCUGGGUGCUGAGUUCACGGGGGUGGUGUCUAGGUGUUGUCUGCCGGGUGGGAGCCGUCUGGGUCCCCCUAGGAGGGUGAUUUCGGCCGCGGCGAUCGGAGGAAAAAAGAUAACACACCCAGGGAAGGCGAUUUUGGCAGGUGGUAUUGCAGGUGGCAUUGAGAUCUGCAUAACCUUUCCCACAGAGUAUGUGAAGACGCAACUUCAGCUGGAUGAGCGAGCCAAUCCUCCAAGAUAUAGGGGCAUAGGUGACUGUGUGAGACUAACCGUGCAGGAUCACGGUCUCCGGGGGCUCUAUCGAGGCCUGAGUUCCCUGCUUUAUGGGUCCAUCCCCAAAUCCGCCGUCCGGUUUGGCACAUUCGAGGUGCUCAGCAACCCCCUGCGAGACGCCAAUGGCCGCCUGGACAACACCCGGAGCCUGAUGUGUGGGCUCGGGGCAGGCGUGGCCGAGGCCAUCCUGGUGGUCUGCCCCAUGGAAACUCUCAAGGUGAAGCUCAUUCACGAUCAGUGCUCUCUGCAGCCUCGUUACAGAGGCUUUUUCCAUGGGGUACGAGAGAUCAUCAGGGACCAGGGGGUGCGUGGAACCUACCAGGGCCUGACCGCCACUGUGCUGAAACAGGGUUCCAACCAGGCUAUUCGAUUCUACGUGAUGACCUCACUCCGGAACUGGUACAAAGGCGAUGAUCCCCGGCGUGAGAUGCACCCAGUGGUGACGGCGGCAUUUGGGGCACUGGCGGGGGCUGCGAGUGUUUUUGGGAACACACCUCUUGAUGUGGUGAAGACAAGGAUGCAGGGAUUGGAGGCUCACCGCUACCGUAACACCGUUGACUGUGCCUUUCAGAUCCUGCGCAACGAAGGUCCACAAGCGUUCUACAAGGGCACAGUCCCACGACUGGGCCGAGUGUGCCUGGACGUGGCCAUUGUCUUCGUCAUCUACGAGGAAGUCGUCAAGAUGCUCAACGACGUCUGGAAAACGGACUGAAGGAUGCGGAGACAGAGGGAUGGAGUAGAUGUAGAAAUGCAGGCCACACUCACAAGCUUCUAACGCACAAGAUGAUUUUUUUUUUCUACUGUUCAACAAAGGGAUGUAAUUCUAUGUUAUGACACAUUUUAGGAGUUUUUUUUUUUUGUGGAAAACUGGUAUUUUGAUCUGUUCACUGUUGAUUGGUCGGGCUUUGGUCCAAUGCAGACGACAUGUCAAAGGGUGUGAAUACCAGCAGUGCAUUGCACUUUUUCUGCCUUGCUGUAGGAUAGCUGUUUAACAAGGUUGCCGGUCAUAGUAGCACGAGCCAGUUUGACACUAAUUAGUGUACAGACUUGUAUUCUUACCUUAGAGCUGAGUCAUUUCGCUUUAUGUUGGGAAUAGGAUUAUGGGAAUGGCCUUUCACCAAGUUUAUUUUUGAAUUAUCGAUUCAUAAUCACCCUAAAGUUUUAAUAUUCUCUCUUGGUUCUCGUGGCCUGAGGUGUAUGAACAUCUUUGUACAUGAGCACUUAAUCACAAGGAGAAAUUGAACUAAUUUCACUAAUUGAACUAAAUUAGCCAUUAGCACUGAAUUUAUCAGCUUAGGGAAGGCUGGGAAAAGUGGAGCAGAUCUCAGUCUAGAGGCUAGGAUUUCAUACUGCCGCUACACACAAACCGGUACCUAAACCUGGGCUGGAGAGAGGCAUGUUCAGUAGAGAUGGCUCAGAAUCACUACUGUUCCAAUCCGGCUGCGCACUUAUUUCUGAGAAACCAGGAUUAAACUAUAGCGAUAUGAGCUUGAAUUUAAGUUUGAUUUUUUGUGGCUGACAUACGGUUAGAUCUGUAUUCCCAUUUUCGUACAAAAUUUUGUUUGCUUCAGCUGAUGCCAUUUUGGCACUGUAACAUUUACAUUCCUGCUUAUGGUGCCAUUUUCAUUGGGGGGGGGGGGUUUAAAUGGUGUGUUGAAUUGUGCCCAGUGCUCUUAAUUCCUGAAGUGGGGUAAUAUACCUACUGCACUAGACAUCCAAAGCCUUUGGUGGCCAGCAUUGUCACGCUCAAGGUGAACUCUGGUGCCCUCUACUGGCUCGGCUGUCCAGACGUGCCAAAAGCAGGUACUGUUUUUCUGCGCCUUGUUUCGCGAUGGUUUUUGCUACAAAAUGCCACAAUGUGUCCCAUAACUUGCUUCCGUCUCUCACAUCCCUCCUACAUGUCACCAGUUAAACUUGGUUCUGGGGUGGGAUUUUAGAACAAAAUUAAAUAUUUAUUAAUAAACUGA